AUCUCUUCGACUCAUCCCAUCAUAGCAGCACAGAAGCUUUCCACGACAGUAACGCCGCAGUAACCACAAUAACGAUAGCAACUGCAGACGGCCACCAAACAUGGCAAUGCCCGUUUCCAUUGGGGACAUCCUCCUCCUCAGCCAAAUCGCAUACCGUGUCGGGUUAGCUUUCACUUCAGGCAGGAAAUCCGCACCGUGCGAAUUCAAUGAGGUUGAGAGUCAGGUAUUCGUGCUCAAAGAGGCUUUGGACAUGCUCAAGGAGGAGGUCACGGUCAGCGGUGCUAACCCUGUCACUUCUCCCGAGGCCGACAACGAAGCUGUCGAGUGUCUCGGCGUGAUGAUUGCUAAUUGCCGCACGACACUGGAAGGUCUAGAGAAGAUUGUGCAAGAGUACUGCCCUGCCAUGGGGGAUGGGAGAAAGGCUGGAGCGGUUAGGGCUGAGGAUGGUGGGGGAAAGGUAGAACUGCAGAAGAGGAAGUGGAGCAAGAAGCUUAAGGAUAAUUGGAAGAGGGUAGUUUGGACCACUGGUGAUGGGGACCUGAGCACUCUCCGGGAGAAACUAACGCUGCAUGUUGCUGCUAUCACACUUGUUGUUAGCACUUUACAGAGCAAAAAGAGCUCUCGCCAGGGCGAGGAAACACAAACAACCCUUGAACGCAUACGACUCGACCUGAAAGUCCUCAUGGAAAAACCCCCGACAAGCACGAACCCAAUCCCGGAUAUGGAAAAAUUAGUCUUGCACCAAACCGGCAAUUUCAUAAACUACAUCCCUGGUGGCAGAGAGGUCGGAAGCAUCAUCCCGGACAGUGGCUCGCCGCUAGAAACCGGCUCCUCGAAGAAGGGGUACCAGAACAAGCCUAUUUUUGAAAUAUGUCUGGACACCGAGGACGGAGGGUCGAAAGUUAUUUGCUCCAGAGCGGCUGUGGGUUUGGGGUGGAUGCCUGGCCAGCAGAGCCCAGUUAACAAGAGAGUCAGGACGUUUGUGUGCUUGUGUGCGGUGAUAGAGUCGUCAGUGGUUCAGUUUGGUGUUAGGAACGAGGUGCUUGGUCCUCACGGUGAUCAAUUAGGGGAUUUACACUGUUUGUUUUAUAUCAGCUGGCAGUAACGCUGUCGAGAUCAAGUGCUGACGGUGCCCUAGUACUCCCAAUGAGCUUCGCAACCAGGCUCUGCGGCCCCAGGAGACAAUGGUGGAUCUACCCUAUCACGUAUAGCCAAGCAGGAGGAGCUCAUCAAAAAAUCACCAUUCGAGGAGUUAAGGCGCAUCGUUUGUUUCUCUCUCCCGCUACUAGCUAUCGGGCUUGGCUAACCAAAGGCCGCAAGAUAUGUCCAAGUUCGAAAGGAAAUUCUUAAACAGGCUGAACAUAUAUGCUACCCGUUACAUGAUAUUCCAAAAAACAACCUCGAUGUUUAUAUAUUUCAAGACAGACGAGAAACCUUAUCGCGCAGUGUUGCUCGACUGCAUAGCGUAGUACCCUUUUUUCUGGCAAACCAUAAUUUUGCUAAGUAUCCUGUAGUGAUAACUCGACUUUCCAAAAGCACCUCCGGUCAAUAACCUACACCCCCGACGCUAGUACCGCCAAUCCCGAACCAGUGGCAACGCAAUACGAAGUUGCAGCAGUACAAAUAUUAAGCUACAAGAGUGUUUCAACAGGAUGGCUGCAAGGGGAAGGGGACGUGAAGACCUCGGUCGACUUUUUUGAACAUGCCGACAAGGGGGAAUUAUUAGUAUAUCUUGCCCCGGCAACCGAGCAACACAGAGUGUAUAUACACUGUGAGCGUUUUCCUACAAGACUGUCGAUCCCGGCUGACACGGAGCAGUCACCCACAACACAGCAGUAGAAGAAGUAGAAGGCAUACCCCGCCGAGCACUAAUAAAAAAUAUAAGAGGAUUCAGUACACACGGGGAGUCUAUAACCGGGAACGUUGAAAUAAGACUUUCCCGGCCAGGAGGUAACCUCCCUCACCCGCACACACUCGGCGUAAUUGAAAUGCCAAACUUAACAACCCCCAGCGGCGAAAAACCUGCGCACAAAACUGGGAGAAAUGAAGCAGGAGCUAUACAUCCAAACCCUCCUCCGCCCACUCCCCCACGAACGGGUUCUGCUACAGAUGUACGUCGGCGACGUAAUAAUAUCCUCGCGCAGCAUCCUCGACGCCGAAGUCCUCCUCACCAAGGAUGAAAAGCCAUCAGCGGCAAGCCGAAAACGAAUUCUAAUUCGUAGCCUAAACGGAAGUUGCUAUUAUUGUCAAGAAGUGACCUGCGAGGACUCACGAUCCGAGUUAAUGAGACCGUUGAGUGGAGCUGAGAUUGUUGAGAUGAUCGAUCCAUGGCGACUAAUCGUUUGCGAGUGCGGGGCGUUUACCGAAGGGCAGUCGAGGAUUAAGUUUGAUUUUCGUGCUCUGGAACAGAAAUUCUCCAAUUCGCUCGUAAAAUUCACAGGACAAGAAAAGAGUUGAUCACGGGGCUCGUCGGAAAGAUGAACGGACAAGAUCUAGUUUGGCGGAUGAAUGGAGGGGGUUAUGAUAUAUGCUUCUUGAAUUAACCCGUUCCCGCA